AUGCCGCCCCUCGGAGACGGGAGGCGGGAGACGGGAGGCGGGAGACGGGAGGCGGGAGACGGGAGGCGGGAGACGGGAGACGGGAGACGGGAGACGGGAGGCGGGAGGCGGGAGACGGGAGACGGGAGACGGGAGACGGGAGGCGGGAGACGGGAGACGGGAGGCGGGAGACGGGAGACGGGAGACGGGAGGCGGGAGGCGGGAGACGGGAGACGGGAGACAGCGACAGGAGACAGGCCUGCGCCACCGCCACCGCCACAGCCACCGCCACCACCACCGCCACCGGACACGGCUGUGCGCACGGAGCCCGGAACAACGUCGCACCCCCCGACGGUGACCGGGGUGGCCCCGGGGGCUGACGAGCUCCGCGGCCGUCCUCCUCCCCCGGCACCCCGAGUCGGGAAGCUCACCCCGUCCCGCGUCCCGGCUGCUCGCUGUGGCAGCCUGCACAAAGCGGCCUGUGUCCGCCGCUCGCCUCCCACCGCGUGUCCACCCGUCCCCCCAGGGGCUCUGGCUGGGAAGGAGGCCUCUUCUUCCUCUUCUCCCCUGGCCUCCCCUCCCCGCUCUGGAGCCAAGUCUCUCCGAGCCUCCGCGGGGCCGGGUCUGGGCGCUCCUCCAGCCGCCUUCGGGCGCGUGGUAUCCAUCAGGGCCCCGCAUCUGCGCAGGCUCCAGGGCUCCCCCGAGGGCAGCCAGCCCGGCCCGGGGACCCGAACACGCCUGCAGGCCAUGCGCUCGAGGGGCCGAGCCGCCCGGGCCCGGGAGGACUGGCCCCCAGCCACCGCCGGGCCGAGGGGUGUCCCUGCCCCCCGCACACCUGCAAGCCGCCUCUCUCUCUGCACGUUUGGGGGUCACACGCCGGGCACCCCCCCGGGGGGUCCCUGUCGCUGCUCUGACCUUUGCACUAGCCUUUCCAGAGCCUCCUUGCUCGGCACGGAGACCUCCAGGGCCCCGGCCCCUCGGGGUGCGGGGCGCGGGGCCGCGCGCGGCGGGGACGGGCGGGUAACGGAAACCGUCGGGAGCCCCGGGCCGGCGCCCCCGCGUCCACCGCCCGCCGAGCCAGCGAGCGAGGGCGGCGCCCCGGGCCGGGGGUCGGGGAGGGGGGCGCCGGGCCGGGGCUCCCCGAGGGCGCAACCGGUGAGUCCCCGGGCGCCUGACCGGACCGAUCCCCGACCCCCGACCCCCCGACCCCGACCCCGACCCCCCAUCCCCCGACCCGGAUCCCCACCCCGACCCCCCAUCCCGACCCGACCCCGACCCCCCCGACCCCCGAUCCCCCGACCCGGAUCCCACCCCGACCCCCCAUCCCGACCCGACCCCGACCCCCCGACCCCCGAUCCCCCGACCCGGAUCCCCACCCCGACCCGGAUCCCCACCCCGACCCCCCCAUCCCGACCCGACCCCGACCCCCCGACCCGGAUCCCCACCCCGACCCCCCAUCCCGACCCGACCCCGACCCCCCGACCCGGAUCCCCACCCCGACCCCCCAUCCCGACCCGACCCCCCGAUCCCGACCCGACCCCCCGACCCCCGACCCGACCCCGACCCCCGAUCUCCUCAUCCCCGACCCCCCGAUCCCCCGACCCGACCCCGACCCGACCCCCCCCGACCCUGACCCGACCCCGACCCCCCCGACCCGGAUCCCGACCCGACCGCGAUCCCGACCCUGACCCGACCCCGCCCCCUCGACCCCGAUCCCGACCCCGGCCCCCGACCCCGGGCGGUGGCUGA